AUGUCUGAGCCCCGCAGGAAUUCACAUUCUGGCCCUCAACGCCGCAUCUCUUUUUUCGAACGAGAUCCUGGCAUCCCCGUAGUUUCCGCUACACCACCACAGAGCGAGAUGCCCCCCAGUGGGCACGAUCCAAUUGCAAGUAGUAGCACAGCUGAGGAAUGGGACGAGUAUGAGGAGUCUAAUAGAAAAGGUUUAUUUGGAUUGGUCGAUAAAUUCAGUCCACGAAUGGUACUCGAAAACUCUGGUAGCGUUGCACGCGACCACUUGGCGAAUGAGCGUACUUGGUUGGCUUAUGUACGCACCUCCUUGGCCAUCGCAUCCACGGGCGUUGCCCUGGUGCAGCUUUUUACGAUUGCUGCGCAACAACCAGCCGGAACUGUGCUCAUAGGUGCCAAACUCCAACGAUUUGCUCGCCCUCUGGGUGCCGUAAUCGUGGUCAUCGGAAUGACGGUAUUAGCACUUGGGGUAAACCGUUACUUCAAAGUCCAAUACGCGUUAACAGAAAACAAAUUUCCACCGGCUCGAAAAACGGUCGCAUUCAUCAGUACAGUGCUGGCAGCUAUUGUUGCAGUUGUAUUCGGCAUUUUGGUUGGAGUUCCCCGACGUUGA